AUGAAGCUGCUGGUCUUCAUAACAGGCCUUUUCGUACUUGUUGCCGCUCAACAAGAUGAUACUCCACCUGAUGUACUCACUAUCUACAGCCUCAUCACCGGUGGUGAAGAACCCAGAAAUGGCAAAGACAACUAUGAUUUGAGCACCGGAAAUGAAACUGAUAUACUUGGUAUGCCAGAGGAAAACUCAGAAGACUUCAACGAACCUGAGCCUCGUGGUCCACCCAAUGGUGCUCCACCAAUGAGACCAUCACACCCAAAGCCUUUCGGUCCAACAGAAUCUAUGCGUAGACCAGGACCAGGAAGAUUCCCAUCAGGACCAGGAAGAUUCCCAUUCGGACCAGGCAGAUUCCCACCCGGACCAGGCAGAUUCCCACCAGGCCCAGGAGGAAGAUUCUUCCCUGGACCAGGAGGACGAUUCCCACCAGGUCCACGUCCAUUCCCACCAAGACCUCGUUUAGAAUGCGGCCAAUGGAAUGAUUGGCAAAAGGCAUCGUGUUUCUGGCCUAACCAAACUUUGGAUGAGCUUCCAUACAAUUGUAGAGUUGUCCCAGUGAAGGAUAGUUGGCCAACAUAUCUUAAGAAGUUCGUUGAAGCCAAAGUGGUCGAAGGUUUCAAUAUUAUUGUUGAUGAAUUCAAAAGACGUGGAGCACCAAAGCUCUGUGGUUUCUGUGCUCGUAGUUUCGAAUGCCGCUUGAGAAAUGAAACCCGUUCAUCAUCUCGAUUCUGCCCAUUGAAGGAAGUGCGCCCUGUCGAUGAAGAGUGUGGUGACAACGACGCUUGCGUUAUCAGUGAAGAGAAGGGUGGCUGUCCACCACCUUUGUUCCUUCAUAAGCCUGAUCGAUUGGAUAAUCUGAGGGACAUGAUUCAAAAGAAACAAUACAAGAAAUUCGCUGCCCAUCUUCUUCAAAUGCAGAAGUCUGAUGUCGACGGAAAGCCUGAGAAUAUCAGAUUCAAAAGAGCUCCUGGAUUCGGUAAUGACUACUCAUCUACAGAUUUGGCUUUCUUCAACCAAAUGAUGGAAGCUGCCAUGUACGACGGAGAUUUCAAUCAGAGAGAUAUGCCUUUCGGCCUAGGCCAGGGAUCUCGACCUUCCCAACGGUUCGCUGGUUCUAACUUCGACUUCAAUGGACCAAGACGUCCUUUCAAUAGACAUGGAUUCCAUCAACAAGGUUUCAAUCCUUAUGAAAACUCUAUGCCUCAGAGACCACAAAGAAAUGGUCCUUUCUCUCACAACAGCCAGGCAGGCUCAUUCGCUGCUCAUUACCCACAAGGACCACGUCCUUAUGGAGGUCCAGAAGGCUCUGAAGGACGUUUCUCUCCAUUACAAGACUCUCCAUUCGCCUCAGCUGGUCGACCAGGACAUGCCGGACUUGAAAAUCGUAUGGGAUCUCGCAAACAACGUAGAGAACAGCCAUUCGAGCCUUUCGAGAUCAGAAGAGAUGACGAAGAUGGUUUCAGAAAUACCGAAGGAUUAGGUCCAAAAUCAUUCGGUCCAAGACCAUUCGGACCCGGUCCACACAGCCGUUUCCCCUCUCCUCAUGGACCACGCGGGCCAGCUCCAUUCGGACCCAGACCGUUCGGACCAUCUAAUGACUUCCCAUUCCCACAAGGACCAGAAGGACCCCGUGGACCAGCUCCAUUCGGACCUAGACCAUUCGGACCUAGACCAUUUGGACCAUCAGAUGAUUUCCCAUUCCCAUUAGGACCAGAAGGACCUCACGGUCGUCGUGGACCAGCUUCAUUCGGACCCAGACCAUUCGGACCUAGACCAUUCGGACCUGGACCAUUUGGACCAUCAGAUGAUUUCCCAUUCCCACAAGGACCAGAAGGACCACGUGGACCAUCUCCAUUUGGACCAAGACCAUUCGGCCCAUCAAAUGAUUUCCCAUUCCCACAAGGACCAGAAGGACCAGAAGGACCACGUGGAUCUCGUGGACCUCGUGGACCUCAAGGAGCUCGUGGGCCAAGACCAUUCGGACCUUCAGAUGACUUCCCAUUCCCACAAGGACAAGACGGAUCAGAAGGACCUCGUGAAUCUCUUAAGCCUCGUGGACCUCAAGGCCCUCGUGGACCAAGACCAUUCGGACCUUCAGAUGACUUCCCAUUCCCACAAGGACAAGACGGACCAGAAGGACCUCGUGAACCUCGUAGACCUCGUGGACCCCAAGGACCAGAAGGACCUCGCGGACGUCGUGGACCAGCUGGUCCAUUUGGUCGUUCCGACGAUUCCCCAUUCGGAGAUGAUGAUGUAAGACCAUCUGAAGGAAAGCCUCCAAUGCCAUUCGAUAGAUCUCUAAGAGGUAUGGCUUUCGGUAGACGUUUCGCUAGAAUGCCAUUAAAUGGAACCAUGAACUUCUCCAAUGACAGACAUCAAUUUGAAGCCAUGAAGGUUGCUAUGUUCAACCAUAUGCGUUUCCAUCAGCAAAACACCGAGAAUGAGAGACCAGGCUCUCCAGAUGGUUUAAUUGAUAAGGAUAUGGAAAUGGAAAGCCGUAUGCUUCUUGCCAAUCUCCUCCAUGGAACUACAUGUGCCAGUGUAAACCACACAUGUCUCUGUUGUUGUAAUCAUUACGUUCCAAACGUAGAAACAGGAAAAUGCGAAGAUCUCCGCAAGUUGUUGCCAGGAAUUGAAGAUGCCUUAGACAAUAUGGAUGAAGAUGAAUCAUCUUCCCGUCAGCCAGCCAGAUCUACUGCAUUCGAGAUGAAGAAAAAGCCCAUGAACAAGCAAAAUCCAAUGCAAAAGAUGGAAAAGCCAUCCUUUACGUCAGAUUUUUAA